AUGCUAACAUUGACCCUUGUCUCGACGCCGCAGCCUUGCCCGACAUUACCCUUCGACCAACCAAUCACCCUCACACCCGUCAAGCUCAUAGACCGCUCGCAACUGCCCCUCUCCUUCCUCGACCUCACCAACAGUCCUUCCGCCGCCCUCCCCUCUACCCGCCUCUUCUCCGCGCACAUCGAAGCUCUCGAGCGCCAUACUUCUCCCGACGACCACCACGACGAGCAUGACGACCACAACGACGACCACCACCACAACGGCCGCGAACACGAAGACCCCGACCCCCCCGCCACGCCCAAAGUCCUCGUGACGCGGCUCAGCGCCGACGGCAGCCUGCACGCCGUCGAGCGCGUGCGGCGCGGGGUCUACGCGUUGUGCAAGCUGGGGGCGUGGGUGCGGGAGGAGCACAUCGGCGGCGGGCUGCCGGCGCUCGCUGCUGCCGGGCUGCCGUACGCGCGGCCGCGGAAGGCGUUGCGGAGGGAGGAGGACGGCCGGCAUUGGUGGCGGAGCGUUGCUGUCGAUGUUGCGGAUCGCCCCGCGGCGGCGGCGGCGGGGCGAGGGGGUGGCCAUGCAUCGUCGCCGCCGCCGCCGCCGCGGCUUUCCGUGCGGCGGGCUGUGCCUGUGCCUGUGCCUGUGCCGGAUGUUGUGGGAGCGCCGCCGCCGUCGCGGAGGCUGGACGAGGCGGAUCCGUUUGUGGAUGAGGCGGGGCGGGCGCCGGUUGCUGGUGGUGAGCCGCCUGUUGAGGGUGUGGAGGAUAGGCCGCGGACGGCGGAGGAGGUGUUCCAGACGGUUGUGCGGCAGUACCUCCAGGCGCUUUAUUUGACGAAGACGUCGCUGGCUUUCUUCGUCAAGGGGCCGAUGUCGAGGGCUAGGGCUGCGUUCAUGUCGAAGGAGAAUGCGGGUCUGAAGAUGGGGGAUUUGGCGGCUUUUGUCCGGUCGAUAUUGCUUCAGCCGGGGCCUAUGGAUAAGAAGCACAGGGAGAAGCUCCCGGAGAUUGUCAAGGCCAUGCCCUUGCUGGGUCUGUCUGAUGAUGAGGAUGCGGUUGCGGCGAAGGUGGCGGAGAAGAAGAAGAGCAAGAGCAAGAGGCUGAAACCCAAUAAGGAAGGACUUUAUCCUGGAGAGGAUGACCAUGUCAAGGAAUGGUGGUUGCAAGAUCGUCAUGGUUCCUCUCCUCACGGUCAUAGUGAGUCGCCAGCAGAUGUUCUAAAGCGGCGGCUAGGCGAUCUACGUGUCAGAGAGUCAAUGGCCCAGGUCAUCCUUGUCCUGGAGGUCAUGGCCCUUGAGGCGUCGCCUUCUUUCCAAGUAACGGAACAGGACGAUACGCAACCUGAUGAAGCGCCGGGGGAACCACAAGCAGCACCUAUCAAGAAACGCAAACCUAAGAAGCCUCAAGACCUCAACGUGCUUCUUGAUCUUCUCCUUGAUAGACUGUGCAUCUGGCAGUCUGUUGAGCAAGAUGAGACGCUUGUUAAAGUCCCUAAAUCUAGUAAUGGGAAGAACGACACUCUCACGCCCAGCUCGGGCAAGUCGGAAACAUCAGACAAACUCAAGAACUUCUGUGUAGAGGUCAUUCUGCCCUUCUAUAUGAGCCGUUUGCCAGAGAAGGCCGCUGCGAUCAACAAAAGACUCGGCGGACCGAGUGCAUCCCCCGCAAAGACGUCCGGAUCGUCAUCAAGCACCCACCGCAGCAAGCCCGGGGAAGCCGCCGUUCGGACAGACCCGCGGACCGCCCAGAAGAAGCGACGACCUCUUGCCCGUGUGGCCACGGAGAACGCAGCCCACCAGCCCCAACGGCACCCCCCCUCCCUCACGCGAUCUUCCACCGACCCGCUCCUCCUGCCCCCGAACCUCAAGCGCGAAGGCGGCGACGCGCCGUCCCUGUCCUCGAUCCCGCUUCAGCAAUUAAAGGACUCCUCCCAGACCUCGUCCAGCCGCAACUCGCUCUCCCAGUUCGAGCGCUUCGCCCGCCGCACCAUCGACCUCAACGCCAUGGCCAAGACCAACGAGGCGAAGCUCAGGAAGAAGGAGCACGUCGAGCGCGAGCUCGAAAAGGCCAUCGGCACCCUCCGCAAACCCAACCGCGGCGCCGCGCUCAAGGAGGUCGCCGACUCGUCCGACUCCCGUCGUCAGCUGCUGUCACGCAGCGGCGGCGGCGGCAGCAGCAGCAGCAAGCCCGGUGCGCCCGUGUCACGCAAAGCGGGCGGCGGCGCCGUCGGCGGCAACAACAACACGGUCCUCGUCGGCGCGACGCCUAAGCGCGGCAAGAAGACGAAGGACGUGGUGUUGCAGGCGACCCCGAACCAUAACAGGUUCGUCACGGCUGCUGCGGUCGCUGCUGCUGCUGCUGCCAGCGAUCCGGAUGUGGAUGAUGAUGGUGAUGAUGCGGAUAUGGCGCCGGAGACGAUGGCUUCCUCGGAGCCGGUCAUCCCGUCGUCGGCAGUCAGGCCGGGACCUGUGGAUUUCGGCCUGGGUGGCGGCUAUACGGCGGCGGCAACAAUACCCGGUUCGGUCGUCAAGAAGAAUAACGAUGGCAUGUUGUCAUCAAUGUCUGCUCCAGGUGCGCGAAGUAGCGGCGGUGGCGGUGUCGAAGAAACGCCGUCGCGUGGCCCGGCGGGGAAGACGGUGCAUUGGCUUUUCCCGCCGCCAGCAGCUGCGACGGGCACCACCGCCGCUGCUGCCGUUGGGGCGACGCCGGAGGCCAAGGGCGCCAGUGGUAGCAUAUCAAGGCUGGGGGAGAAGCUGAAAGCUUCGGCGGGCCGUGCGAAUAAUGCCCGUGGUGGAAGUGGGGGUUUGAAGGUGCCGCCGCCGCUGCCGCCGUCGUUCAAGUCGCCGGGCAGAUCGGUGUCGGGCAUGGGCGAUGUUUGGUCCGGGAGGGGUGUGGAAGAGGAAGGGAGUGAGGAGAGUGAGGAUGAUGGGUACAGGGGCGUGUCGGCGUUGAUGAGGACGCCGACGAAGCCGGGGCGCGGCCAGGUGUUGGAGACGCCGGUGAAGAGGGCUGGGGCUUUGGUGGGGGAGACGCCAGUGAAGAAGGCGGCGACGGAUGUGGAGAGGGGGGCGCGGGAGAGCAAAGGCAAGGAGAAGGAGGUGGUAGAGGAGGUUGAGGAAGGCGGCUUACAGCGGAUUGAGGAGGAGGAAGAGGGCGCGGAGGAUAUUUAUAAUGCUCUGGGAUGGGAUGAUGAUAUUGAUGAGCUGGCGUAG